CUAUGUUUUACAUGCGUUCUAGUUUACAUAUUAUUGUAUGAUGCAGCAGUUCCCAAAGUAUGCGCCGCAGCGCCCUGGUACAUCGCGAUGUCUGUACUGGGGCACCGGGUCGUCAUGAAAUAUUAUCUAGUCUAAAAUUUCCUUAUGAUUAGUCAUGCUUUGGCUUGAGAAAGGGCGCCAAGAAAAAACCUUAGUUUAAAAAGAGUGUUGCGAGUCGAAAAAGUUUGGGAAGCACUGGUUAGGUUAGGUUAGGUUAGUGUAGAUUACCGUAAUCAGCCAUCUGGCAGCCAUUCGAAUUUGCUGUUUCUAUAAUAUGGACACUUCUUAUUUUUCGUGGUUUUCAGUUUUUUACUAUUACGCUAUGCUUGCGGUCGACCUACGCAUUUGAGAUCUGCCGUUUGAGGGCAAAUCGUCAUCGUUGUGUAUAAUCGCUGUUAGAUCACCAUUUACCAGAUCUAGUAGAUCUAGUAUUCCAGUGCCACAGCAGACAUUGUUACGUUCAUACAAUAAUGGUUGGUCGAGGUUUUUUAAAGAGUCGUUUGGCUCAAAUAGCUGCUCAAGAAGUUGAAGAUGCAUCAAAAUCAGAAAACAAUAAUAGUAUUGAUGUUUCUACCAUAAAUAAUGAGCCUAUACUUGGUAACAAUAAACCAGCUGCCAGAGGAAGACGAGCCAUUUUUUCCCGUAGUGCGGAAAAUUCUGAGUUCAGUGAAACAUCAAGAUUAUCAUCCUUAACACUGGAGAAUUCAAAAAAUCCUGAAUGUCAGAUGUUUCCAGUACCUCCAGUGUGUCAAAAUGGAAAAGUACCUAAACAGUGUACAUCUAAAAUACAACUCCAGUCUACAACAAAUCUACAGCAACAUCCAAUACCUACUGAAGCACUAACAGAAAAUAAUAAACCAGUAAUUUGUAGAGUUACGGAAAAUCAUAAGAACAACUUUAAAAUGACUAAAUUAUCAUCAAAUUACAUCAAGAUUGAAAUAGAAAAAGAAGUUGGUAUAUUUAAAUAUUGUGUAGAUUUUGAUCCUCCGGUUGAUAUAAAAUCUGCAAAGUUCUAUUUAUUGAAUCAACAUAACGAGAAAUUACCUGUAAAAACAUUUGAUGGAGCUCUACUCUUUGUUCCCAUUAAGUUGCCACAAAAUGUAACUAAUUUAAUGGGUACAUUAAAAGAUGGAACUGAAGUAAAGAUAAAAAUUACAUAUAAGAGUAAAAAUGCAUUAAAUGAUUCCAUACAUUUUUAUAAUAUGCUUUUUCGUAGAAUCAUAAACAUUUUAGGAUUUGUUGAAUUUGGCAGAGGUCAUUAUGAUCCAAUUAAGAAAAUAGAACUACAACAAUUCCAACUUGAAAUUUGGCCUGGUUUUAUAACUUCAAUUGAUCAAUUUGAGAAUGGUCUUUAUAUGUGUUGUGAUGUUGUACACAGAGUUCUACGUCUUCAGAAUUGUUCUCAAAUAAUGGCAGAAAUUGCAGAAGAAGCAAAAAGUAGAAAUAAAGAUGUGGUGGGGGAAAUUAUGGCUCAAUUAUGUGGUACUACUGUUAUUACACACUACAAUAGUAAAACAUACAGGAUUGAUGAUAUAGACUUUUCAAUGUCCCCAUUGUCAACAUUUUUAAAAAACGGUUCUGAAAUAUCAUAUGUCAGCUAUUAUAAAAAUGGAUACAACAUUGAUAUACAAAAUCAUCAACAGCCUAUGAUCAUCACGAAACCAAAGAAAAAAAAUUUAAUUAAAAAUGGACCUCAGGAUUCACAGGAUUCAGAUCUAUGUUGUUUAGUUCCUGAACUUUGCUAUUUGACUGGUUUGUCUGAAAGUAUGAAGAAUAAUUAUAAGUUAAUGAGCACUAUUAGUACACACACCAAAGUUGAUCCAAACAUACGACAAAAUACUUUAAUUGAAUUUGUUAAUCGUAUAAACGACUGUGAAGAUACCAAAAAGAAAUUAAAAGAUUGGGGUCUAUCAAUAUCUCCAUCCCUUGUUAUAUCAGAAGGUCCUGUGUAUAAAAAUGAAAGUGUUAUAUUUGGGAACCAAAAAAAAAUACCAGUAGAAAAUAAUAUGGACUGGACAAUGAAUGUAAAGAAAAAUUUAAUGUUUACAGCAGUAAAGAUAAUAAACUGGGCUAUUUUGUAUAAUUCAAGAGAUUUAUCAACAGCAAGAUCAUUUUGCAAAUGUUUGGCAUUAUGCUCACAACCUUUGGGUAUGAAAAUAAAUGAACCAAUGCCCAUUUCAGUUGAUGGAAUAAGUCCAGAAGCUUUUGUAACCUCAAUAAACAAUGCUGUAAAGUGUAAUUCAGAAUUACAAUUAGUUGUUGUCAUAUUUCCAAGUAAAAGAGAUGACCGAUAUAAUGCUGUGAAACGGAUUUGUUGUUCCGAGAUUGGAAUACCAUCUCAAGUAAUAAUUUCAAGAACUUUGUCAAAUCCAACAAAAAUGCGUUCUUUUGUUCAAAAAAUUGCUUUACAAAUUAAUUGUAAACUCGGAGGAGCUGGUUGGUCUAUAGAUAUUCCGUUGAAUAAUUGCAUGAUAGUAGGUAUUGAUGUUUAUCAUGAAAAAAAUAAGCAAAUGUCUAGUGUCAUUGGUUUUGUAGCUUCUUUGGAUAAAACAUUUACGCAAUGGUAUUCAGUUGCUAAAAUACAAAAGAAUACCCAUAAAGAAAUUGGUGACGUUAUUCAUAUUGCUUUCUUUGAAAUUUUGGAUGCAUACAAAGAAAAAAAUGGUAAGUUACCUGAAAAAAUAAUAAUAUACAGAGAUGGUAUUGGAGAUGGAGAUAUAAUAUAUACUGAAGAAUUUGAAUUACGUAAUUUAGAAGAAUAUUUAAAAACCUAUUCCAAUAAUUAUUGUCCUAUGAUUACAUACAUAAUUGUACAAAAACGAAUUAAUACAAAAAUUUUUCGGUUCUUAGAUGAAAAAUAUUCAAAUCCAAGUCCUGGAACUGUUUUGGACAAUACUAUAACUAAAAGAAAUUACUUUGAUUUUUACCUAGUAUCACAAAAUGUGCGUCAGGGAACUGUAAAUCCUACUCAUUAUGUAGUAUUAAAAAAUGGCUGUAAUUUGAGUGUAGAAAAUGUUCAACGUUUGUCUUAUAAGCUGUGUCAUUUGUAUUAUAAUUGGUGUGGCACAAUAAAAAUACCUGCUCCAGUUCAAUAUGCACAUAAAUUGGCUUAUCUUAUAGGAGAAAAUAUCAGAAUACCAACAAAAAGAAAUUUAUGCAAUACAUUAUAUUAUCUUUAGAAAAAAAAUGUAUUUCUACUUACAUUUUUUGUUUGUACCUGAUGAAAUAUUAAAAUAGUUUAAGUAUUAUUAAAUGUUGAAUGUAACAAUAUUAUCAUUUUCUAUUUUAUUUAUGAAUCUAACUAUUUAGUAAUCCUUGGUUUACGAAUUUUUAAAUGUA